AGAGCGAAAGUGCCGCCGGACCGAGAGCUGCAGCCGUCGCAAAUGCCGCUGGAGUCCCCAUGGAUCCCUGUGGGAACAACGACCUGCUAGCGAACGCCGCUGCUCGGGGGGACACGGGAGCCGUGGAAAGGCUGCUGGACAGCGGCGCCGACCCCAACGCUCUGAAUUCCUUCGGCAGGACCCCGCUCCAGGUCAUGAUGAUGGGGAACCCCAGAGUGGCAGAACUGCUGCUGCAGAGAGGAGCAGACCCCAACCGGCCAGACCCCUCCACCGGCUGCCUGCCGGCUCACGACGUGGCCUGCGAAGGGUUCCUGGACACCCUGCAGGUGCUGCAUGGAGGUGGGGCUCGGUUCGACCUGCCCAACCAUCAAGGCCGCCUCCCGAUCGACCUGGCCAAGAAUGGGGGCCAUUUCUUUGUGGUCCAUUACCUCCAAGAGCUGUCUGGCUGA